GCUGCUGAUAUUUACGUUCUAAAUAAUAAUUGACGGAUCGACUCGAAGAUAUCUAAAUUCUCUCCUAGACGCAGUUUGAAUAUACCCUACGAGAUAGGGCAGUACAGAGUAGAUCUAAGAAAUAAUGUCGUUCUUCACAGGAACAACCAAGCUCGUCAACACCUCGCCGAUCCCCUCCUCCCCGGGCCACCACCACGCCCCCCGCAUCACCAAAGCCGCGGCCGUCUCGCUCCUGCACGACCACGUCUUCUACCUCAAGUGCGAGCCGCACUACGUCUCGCACCGCGCCCUCCCCCCCACGCCCUCCAGCGCCGACGCCGCCAAGGCCAAAGCCGCGUACCAGCUGCCGCGGGACCUGGAGCCGCUGGGCGAGCCCGCGGUCAAGCUGUACGAGGUGGUGGACCACGUGCCGAACCCGGUGUGGAGCUCGAGCGUCGUGAGCAGCGAGGAGUUUGUGGAUUUUAGGGACGGCUUGUGGGUUAGGAUCCGCAGCCCGUUGGCGGUGGUUAUGGAGACUAGGUGGACGGUGAGGGAGAGGAAGGGGAAGGGUACUACGGGGCAGGAAGAGGGAGAGGGAAAGGGGGAAGAAGAAGAAGGGGGGCUGGAGUUGGUGGAGGAUGUUAUGAUUAGUUGCUCGAAAUUACUGAUGGGUCUUGUGAAGGGCCAGGUGGAGAGUAAUUGGAGGGAGAUACAUAGGAAGAUCGCUGCGAGGUUGGUUGAGGAUGCGAAGAAGGGGGAGGUGAAGGAGUGAGGAAGAUGAGGGUGGUGGUGGAUAGGCGAUGAGGAGAGGAUGUAGAUUGGUUUAAGGGCGUACAUAUUUCAUAUAUAUAUGUCUUGAUUACUUCAUAGUUACGACGGCUAUGUUACAGCUAGAAUGGGUUGGGUUUAUAUAAAUAUUUUACUUGACCUAGAGUUACUAGGUAGGUAAUCAGAGUGUUAGACUUGGCCGUAUAUAAAAGUGAAGGUGAAAAAAAUAGACUGUGCAUUACUAAAACAAAAGCAAACAGCGGGAGGUAAAAGAAUGGAAGGAAAGGAAAAAGGUAAAAAGUGAAAAAAGUAAAGUUGCCAGCUGCAGGGUUCGAACCUGCGCAUCUCUCGAUAAUGGUGUUCAAGAUCCUGAAGACUUAAAACCACCGCCUUAGACCACU